GGGCCUCUUGGCGCUCCAACGUGCAGCGGUGGCGGCAGCAGCAGCCGGCGGCAUCCCGGGCGAUGGCGCUGCCAGCAGCCUCUCCUCCUGGGAGGAGGGCCUUCCCCAGCUGCCGCAACUCAUGCGCAUGGAUUCCGUCUCCAGCCAUCCAGGCGUUGCCGCGGCCGCCGCCGCCGGCCUAGGACCUGGCGUCGUGCCAGGGGCCAAUGCGGCUGCCGCUGCCGCCGCUGCGGCGGCGGCGGCUGCCCGGGCAGCGGGGUUAGAUCCCUUACUGGCGUCGGCGGCUGCAGCGCGUGCGGCUCGGCAAAACGCAGCAGUUCGGCGUGCCUUGGCGCUGGGACUGGGCGCGCGGGACCCAACCCAUGCAGCAGAGGCAGCACUGCUGCGUGAGCUGUACGGUGUGGGGCCGGGGGACGGCGUGCCGGGGGUACCAGAAGCAGCGGGGGUGGCCGGCUUGGCGGCGGGCGCCAUGGGUGCCGUACCACGCGGCGCGCGGCACUUGGGAGCCUUGGGCCUAGGUCCCGGAGGCGGUGCUGUGGCGGCAGCGCUUCUUGCAGCGGAGCAAGCGGAGCUGGCGGCAGCUUUUGAGGGGCACCUGCCGUUAGGGCCUGCAGCCGCUGCGGCGGCGGCGGCUGCCGCGGCUGCGCAGAACCGUGCUGGGCUGUUGGACGAGGCGGCUGCUCUGUACGGCGCCGGCGGUGUAGGUGUAGGUCCGGCGAGCAGUCGCUACCUUGCUGCCGCGUUGCGGGAACAGCAGCUGCUGCAGCUGCAAGCGGCUGCUGCCUUGGAGGCGCAGCGAGGGCUAGGUCUGCCUGGAGUGGGUCUGGGACCAGGUCUGGCACCAGGGCUGUUGGGACUCGGCGCAGGCCGGCGACUUGGCGUUACCGAGGCCGCGCGGCUUGCGGCGGCUGCAGCGGCUGAGGAGGAGCUGUAUGGUGGUGAUGCGGAUUGCGCUGGCCUGCAGGACGCGGAAGCUCCUGCAGUUCCCAUGCAGCGCCCCGGGGUCAGGGGCCAGACACGCGCCAUGGUAGCCUCCGCUGCUGCGGCGGCGGAGGCAGCAGCAGCGGCAAACGGACACAACGACGCUGAGCUCCAGGAAGAUGAGCUAGCAGCUGCUGAGUUGCUUGUGGGUCGGCUCAGUGAAACUGCGCGGGUUGCUGGCGGUCUGCCGACGCGGCGUAGCACGGCUGCUGCAGCCACCGCGGCGGCAGCAGCAAUGGGCGCUGGCAGUGCUGGUACCGACCAGCUGGGUGGCUCGCAUGGCAACGGCUGUGCAGCUGCAGGGUUACCGUCGGACGCAGCCGCCUUGCAAAGGAAGUCAUCCGCGGGCCGGUCAAUGACGGUUUUGGACCUUGCAAACGGGGAGAGCGCUGGGAACGGGAUGCCGCAGGGUAAGGCAGAAGCAGCAGCAGCUGCCGCUGUUGUCGCACAGGACUCCGCUGCCAUGCAGCUUCCACAGCACACGCGAGAUGAGCGCAAGAAGGAGUUGUCUGGCGGCGGCGAACCCGGUGUGGAGCAGCAGGGGCGGGAAGGGGAUGCAGCCGAUGGUGCUACACCGCAGCAGCAGCAGCCUCCGUCAUGUCAAUCGGAGCAGCCGCAGCAGGCGUUACAGGAUCAGCAACUGCAGCAGCAGCGGCUACAGCGCCUUCAGGAGUUGCAGCUGCAGUUGUUAGCCAUGUCAAACGGCGGCGCUGGGGCUAUGGACGGUGCGUUAUCGGCGCUGCUAAAACGGGAGGGCUCAGGGUCGUUGGUGGCACCCCAGAAUCUGCCGGCGCACAGCGCCCAACAGCUAGCACAGUCCUCUCCUAAGCCGCCGCCACAGCAGCAACAGCAGCCGCAAGAGGUCGAGCCGGGUACGGCAGGGAUGGCGGCGGCGGAGGGUGCGGCUCGCGAGGGCAAGGGCGAUGCCAGUGGCACUACUGGCGGCAGCAGCGGUGUUGUUGCUGGUGGUGGUGAUGCAGCCGACAAGUUGCAGCACUUGCGUCAACUCCAAGAGCAGCUGCUGCAGCUGGGGGUUAAGGUGGUGCUGCAGUAAAGAGGCUGAGCUGCUGUCUCGCAGCACGAUGCACCUUGGGAUAAGUAGGGCCGCGCAAUAAAGCUGUUGCAGCCGAAGCGUUGUUGUUGGAUGAAGCGUGGAAACCAAACAAAAGGAUGCUGGCACUUGCUUGAGCCAACACAGGGUGACUAGGGCACUUAAGUGCAUGCAAGGAUACGGUUAUGGACGUUAUAUAUAUCACUUGCAUGCCAAGUCAUGCAUCCCCGUUUUUUCCGUCCUAGGGGCCCCUCCGUAGAUCAGGUUGGGCGGGGGUCCCGGAGGGCAGGGGUUGACACUGGGGCAAGGCCUUGCUACUCUUCUUGGACACCCUGACCAGACGCACUGCCAGUUGCAGUGCAUGCCGGUACGUUCCGCUAAGGCUCGGGAAGGGGAGUGUAUCUUAACACACGACUGCUGUUGCUUGUGAGCAGCUGCUCACUACCUCCUGACCUCCUGUUGCGCUUGGGACAUGUAGAAAGCGUACUCUCGUCGAGCCGUUUGGACUGGAAUGGCUUACUGUGUGGUAGGGAGAAUGUACAACUGGUUUGGGAGUGCCCCAGGAAAGCGCGCCGGAAGGCGCAUUGGUCUGGCACUGCCUACUUUGGUUUUGACGGGUUGCAUUGCGUGUGAGGACGCAAUGCCAUGAGCGACAAAGGUAACACAUCACUUUUACUGUGUAUUAUGUGCCUGGGGCUUUACUAGGCAUUCCAAUCCAAGAGGCCCAGCUGGCCUCGUGUCUAGAUAGUGUAUUCUUUCAUUAUUGGGGACCGUGAUUACGGUAUUUUUGUACUGCUGCUUGCUGAGUCGCUGACAGUGCCCCAGUUGUCUGUUGUGUCCUUGUUACUGGUAUGCUGCUGCAUAGCUGCUGGUCCAUUCAGGUCUAGUGCGGCCCCCCACACGAUAGGGGCAUACGUUGCUUUUUCAGAUCUUAGCGCGGUACGGUAUUUGGCCUGUCCUAGUUUCGGGGACGGCCGUGGCAGGCCGAAAGCAUGGGCGGGUGUCGGCGCUCUCCAUGGUGGAAAGCGAAGAACCUGCUCCUCUGGCCCCACCUGGGUUGCGGUCUAGAGCCAUAUUGGGUAUCCGUGGCGUCAAUCAUGAUGGGUUUGAACAUAGCCAUCGUACGGGUUGGCAAACCCUGAAACCCUUACCCUUGCAAUCCGAUG